AUGGUUGAUUUAUCUGGUAGCCCUAAGGACUAUCAUCCAGCGGAGAGUCGAAACAUGAUCUCUCGAAUAGAUCGUCGUCUCCUUCUGAUAUGUGGCCUUAUAACCAGCGUGAGCCAUAUUGACCGCACCAAUGUAUCUAAUGCUGCCAUUGCUGGUACCCGUUACUCCAUUGUAUUGCUGGUAUCCUUUGUGACAUACACGCUGGCCCAAAUACUAUCCAAUGCCAUUGUGAGACGAAUUGGAACACGAUGGUUGAUAUCGUCGUUGAUUCUUGCCUGGGUCAUUAUGACCAUCGGGAUAACGGCAUCUGCGUUCUCCGAAAUACUUGCGUAUGGUCUCUCACAGAUGAAAGGUGUUGGGGGACUUGAAGGCUGGCAUUGGAUCUUCAUUUUGGAGGGCAUUCUCACUUACCUUGUGGCAUGCCAGUUUAAUCUGCAACGACUGACCGAAGACCGCAGCCAAGUGGCAUACUUCAUGACGUACUUUUCCCCCAUAAUCUUGCACCAGGGCAUGAGGUUAAAUGUAGCGGCCUCGUACUGCUUAGUUGCGCCUUCAUACGCGUUUGCCGCUAUUUACAUGUUCGAAGGCGCUUGGACGGGCGAUAGGUACCACAUCAGGGGAUCGAUCAUCAUAGUGAACUCCAUCUUUGCCAUUAUUGGCCUCGCGGUGAUGGGCUAUGCUGCAUCCCCGGGAGCCCAACAUGUCAGUGUCUUCUUCGUUGCGGCAGAUGUUAAUGCCAGCAUCACGGCAUUCAUGAUAUAUCAAGCAAGUAAUAUACGGGGCCAGUGGAAUCGGGCCUUUGCCAGUGCAUCUUUAAUUGGGCAUGGUGGUCUUAAAGGGAUCGUCGUCCUAUUUGUUGUAUUACUCUUAAAUGUCUAUUUUCUUAUUCAAAAUCGGCGGGAAGAGAGACAGGGCGUUAUCUUGGAAGGGCUCGAGGAAUUUUGUUAUAUUAUCUAA